AUGCGGGGAGGACGUGCCAAAAAGAAGACAGCAGCAGUGGAGAAUGUGGAGAUGGAUUCUAUGGAAGAGGAGCUCAUUGCAGAUGCUAGUGGUGUGUCCAUUGCCCCAACUAAACUCCUGGCAAACAAAAAAAUUGCAGACGAGUUGGAGCUCUAUAAGCUGAAGACAGCCUGGCAACAGGAGAGGAUUGAUGAACUGACCAGGGAGAGAGAUUUUCUGAGAGAACAGUUGGCAGCAGCUCUUAAGAAAGAUGGUGCAGCAUCCGCCUCCACCCUGAACGAGGCACCCAACUCCUCCCAGAAACGCAAGACUUCACGUUCCUCUUCUGAUGAUUCAGUGGAAUCGUCCUCCAGCAGUGAGAGUGAGUCUGAGUCGGAGUCUGACUCUGUCUCUCCCGACUCGUCUCCGGACAAAAAGAAGAACAAGAAGAAGACAGGGAAAGGGAAAAAGAAGGUGAAGAAGUCGAAGGAAAAGGAGAUGAGCCCAAAGGCACGCCAGAGAGCCCUGAAUCCGAAGCAGGCAGUGCUCAGGUAUCAAAAAAUACUAAAGGUAUUCCGUAAAGGAGGGACCAUGGGUGCUGCGUUCUCAACCGUUGGUGUAGAUCGUAACACAGUGGUGGCCACUGCACCCAUUGCUGAGCUUUUUAUCGCUGCACCAAACAGGUACAAGGAGAUCUUAGAUGGGCACAAAACUGGUCGUGUAAAACUAGCAGUGUUGGCUUCUGAGUGCUCUCUGGCAAUUGAACAGGAUUCUGCUAUAAAGGAGAAUGUGAAAACACUUAAAAACAACAACAAGCUGCUGCCCCUCACCAAGAAGUGA